AAACAAUUACACCACAUAUACAUCAGAUGAGAAAUUAAACUAGUCUAAACCACCCAGCAAAGUCUCUCACACUUGCAUUAACUAUCUAUUGAUUCAAACUCCACGAGGAUUGAGCUCAUUUAUGCAAAUGUUCAUUAAUGUUCUCAUUAACAUUUGAGCCAUGCGAGAUUGUAAAUCCAGUCCUGCGUGUUAAAAUGAGGCGAUUUUUUAUUUGCUGCUCAGACUCAAAUCUCUGUUUGAGCAGGUGUGUUUGCCAUUAACAUGAAAACACAGGGCGCAUGCUGGAACCUUCUCACUGCAUUUGUCGAAAUAAUUGUUUUCCCGUAACACAUUAUCCUCGUUUUGUCUCAAUUAAUGGAUCCAUUCUGAAGGAAGUUAACCACCCGCGGCGCGCAAACAUCCUACAAAAGACUCUUCAAACCCUCAAAGACGAGCAAAAUGUAGUGCAAUAAAACAUUUUACCUGUAGAUUUUUCUUUAAUCGAAAUAUAUAGGGCUUAUUUACAGCAAUGCACGUUUGAUAAACACUAAUUUCCUCUCAGGAUCUCCCCAGAGGACCACCAGUCCUGUUCGCACCUCGUUAACACCGCCAUUAGAUUUGCUUUCAUUCACUGAUUGUUGAUUUACAUUUGCGACUAAAUAGCAGCUCUUUACGGCUGUUGACCGAAGACUUUGCCAACAUCUUAUAAAACGCUGCCAAUCUUGUGCAGCUUCAGUCAGUCCAGCUCCAGCUACCAAAGAACAUCUCUGAGGAUUUCUCAUCAUGUUGCCCGCAGUGAUCUGGAUCUCCCUGAUGGGACUCGCCAUCAGCAGACCGUCGCUGAAUUACCUGGAAAACCACUUCACGGUGCAAAACGAGUCGAAAGAAGUGCGUUCCGAGGCGAUCAAGAGGCUUUUGGAGGUGUUUGGGAUGGAGGAUCCUCCUGCUGCACUGGUUCGGGGACACAAACAGCCUCCUCAGUACAUGCUGGACCUGUACAACACCAUCGCGGAUGUGGACGGAGUCACCAAAGACCCGACGCUCCUGGAGGGGAACACCGUGCGCAGUUUCUUCGAUAAAUUGCAUAGUGAGCAUGUUGAGUUUCUCUUCAACAUGUCCACGGUGGCCAAGAGUGAAAAGAUCCUGACGGCGGAGCUGCAUCUGUUCAAGCUCAGGCCACAAGCAUCACUCACCUUCAACAGACAUCACUUCUGUCAGGUCAGUGUCUAUCAGGUUCUCGAUAGCAGCAAAAAGAACGUCUCACAAGGGAAGAAGCUGCUCUCGUCCCGGCUGGUGCCCAUCCAUUCCUCCGGCUGGGAGGUUUUUACCAUCACUCAAGCUGUGCGCUCUUGGAUGUCAGAUGAGGGCAGUAAUCUGGGUCUCCUGGUCACAGUGAGGACUCUAGCAGGUCUUCAGAUGGACCUGAAAAGCGUGCGUUUCGCAUCAGGCCGUCACCACCAUCACAGCAAACAGCCCAUGCUGGUCCUCUUCACCGACGACGGCAGACGGGCUGCUUCUCUGGAGAUCACUGCUAAAGGUUCAGAUGAUUUUCCCGUUGGACCCAGUCUCCCGUUUCCCAGCCUCCCUCUCCCCGCAACAGCCCGUCGCAGCGCUCGCUCAGCAGACUACGAUGACAGUGGAGAGAAGAUGCCAUGUCAGCGUCUGCCUCUCUACGUCGACUUUGAGGAGAUCGGCUGGUCGGGGUGGAUCGUUUCUCCACGCGGCUACAACGCCUACCAUUGUAAAGGCUCCUGUCCAUUUCCCCUGGGCCAGAACAUGAGGCCUACCAACCACGCCACGGUUCAGUCCAUCAUCAACGCCCUCAAACUGACCAAGGGCAUCGAGACCCCCUGCUGCGUACCUGACAAACUCUUCAGCAUUAACCUGUUGUACUUUGACGACGAUGAGAACGUCGUGUUGAAGCAGUACGAUGAUAUGGUGGCAGGAAGCUGUGGUUGUCAUUGAGAAACAUGUUUCUUCUGCAAAGUCACUGAGGUUUUGAGGAUUGUCAGCAGCGUUUAUGCUGCGAGGCGUGAUGCAGAAUCUGCACUGGACUUUUGUGGCAGGAUGAAAUUGUAAAAUAUGUAAAUAGACAUAUAAUUUUAAUAUAUGCAGGAGCUUAAGUUGGUCACUUGUAAAAGAUGUAAAUUUGUAUAUUGCAUGUUGUGAACUAUUAUAAAGUCUAAAUAAAUUCUUACACAAAAAUGA